AUGACAGGUACUAAGAGUCUCAUCGUGUUUUCAUUACUGGCUGCUUCUUGCUUAAGUCAGAGGCCGCCUUACGCAGGAAGCAGACCUAUUGGAUACCCACUGCUUGGUGAUCGGACAAACUCAAGUUCUAAUGAUGAAUUAGGGAACAGACCUGUUCCCAUAGAAGCAACAAUAACUACAGAUAGACUUCCAAUCGAGGCGUUGGGGGAUAUAAAUUUAAUUAAGCAACUUCGCAAGUAUCCGUUAGAUAAACAACCUUUUUGGUUCAUUAAUUGGGAAGCUUUAGAAGAAAACAGAAGAAAUUCGCAGACUUAUUCCUUGGGGACCAAUAACUAUAUUCACCCUGUUUUCAAGAAGUGA